AUGUCCUUAGUUGUCCAAGAAGAAGGUUCUUUCCAACACAUUUUACGUUUGUUGAAUACCAACAUCGAUGGUAGAAUUAAAAUUAUGUACGCUUUAACCAAAAUUAGAGGUGUCGGUCGUCGUUACUCUAACUUGGUUUGUAAAAAAGCUGAUGUUGAUUUACAAAAAAGAGCCGGUGAAUUAACCCAAGAAGAAUUAGAAAGAAUUGUUACCAUCAUGCAAAACCCAACCAACUAUAAAAUCCCAGCUUGGUUCUUAAACAGACAAAAAGAUCAAGUUGACGGUAAAGAUUACCAUGUCUUAGCUAACAACUUAGAAUCCAAAUUAAGAGAUGACUUGGAAAGAUUGAAGAAAAUCAGAUCUCACCGUGGUAUUAGACACUUCUGGGGUCUUAAAGUUAGAGGUCAACACACCAAAACCACCUCUCGUGGUCGUUAA